AUGCUUCGCUCGAUUAAUCGUCCAGCUUUGGGUUGGCGUGUGAUCCAACUCCCACAACAGUCAUCAUGGACAACAGUUCGACAAGCGUCGCUCAAUUCUGCGAUUGGCCGUGGCAUUCGCAGAUCUGGUCCUCGGUCAUCGUCCUCAAGGAUCGCGGAUGAUGAGGAUGGCCGCCCAAGAGUACAACGCGAUGGACGACGCGAUGAUUUCCAGGGCUCACGAGGUUAUCAGCGACGUGAUGAUAGAGAUGACAAGUCAUUCGGAGACAGACGUUUCCGAUCCACCGGAUUCGAGGAGCGCCAGGCUCCGCGUUACCCACGCCGGGAUGAUAGACAGGAAAAGUCCUUCAAAGAGAGACGUUUUAGGUCGAACAAACCCGAUGAGCGGCAGGUUCCGCGCAGUUACCCUCGCCGGGAUGACAGGCAAGAAACGUUAUUUAAGGAGAAGCGUGUCAGGUCAGCCGAUUCCGAUGAGAUGCCGCGCAACUACCCACGCCGGGACGACAGACAGGAGAAGUCUUUCAGGGAUAGACAAUCCGGAUCGCCUGCAUUUGAUGAGAAGGAAUUCAUCCGGAAUGGUAAUUUUCAAGCUCUACCCCGUGAACACCAGGCCAGUGGAGCGUCAAGAUGGAACCAGGAUACACCAAGCCAACGACCCAGACGGGGAAAUCCAAAGUCAUCAAUAAGACCUCGUUCGGAAUGGGUAUCAGAGACCAUGCCGGAACGUGUCAAGGACAAUGUGAAAGUCCCAGACUCCAUUCCCUACACCACCCCUGCCUCGGAAUUUAUCUACGGCACCAGUGCGGUGGAAGCCGCACUUCGCUGCAGUCGGCGUCAAGUCUACAAACUUUAUCUUUACCAGGCCGCCGAUGAAGAACUUAGCCCAUCAAAAGCCGCUCUCCGCAAGCUGGCUCUCACGAAGAACAUAAAUAUCAAGUUGGCAUUUGCAGGAUGGGAUCGGAUAUUCGACAAGAUGAGUGCUGGUCGACCACACAACGGGUGCAUUUUGGAAGCCUCUCCAUUGCCUAAGCUGCCUGUUCGUGGCCUUCAGUCAGUUCCCUCCACAACUGAGAGCCACUUCCGCGUGGAAUUGGCACCACAGACUCGGGAGGAAGCCAUAGUGAACGGUACAGAUGACAGUCUUCCAGUCGUUCAGCCCCCUGUUUCACCAGAAGGGGAAAAGUCCCAACGUUUCCCUGUGGCAUUACUGCUGGACGGGGUUGUCGAUCCCGGCAACCUAGGUGCUAUUAUUCGAUCUGCUUAUUACCUCGGAAUCGAUGCGAUCAUUUUUGCCGGUCGCAAUUCUGCGCCUCUGUCGCCUGUGACAAUCAAGGCAUCUGCUGGCGCGGCAGAGAACAUGUCUCUGCUUCACGUCAAGAAUGAAGUUGAUUUCAUAAAACGAUCCCAAGCCAAUGGCUGGCGUUUCUACGCUGCCGAUGCACCGGGUCCAGGUGCCACAUAUAUUGGCCGGGCUGAAGCUAGUGGAGAUUCGAAUAGUGGUCUUCUCGCGACUCAAGCCCCGAGCGUACUGAUGAUGGGCAGCGAAGGGUCUGGACUUAGUGUGCAAAUCAAAUCACAUGCGGACGCGACUGUCAGCAUACCUGGUGCGCGACACAGUGCGGAGCUGGGAGUCAAAUCUGACCCUGCACGGAUCGAUAGUUUGAACGUCAGUGUAGCUGCCGCAAUCCUGAUGGAAAUGUUCCUGCGGACACCCUUGGCGUUAUCUGGGGCUGUUAAGAAGUCCAAGAACGAGAUGUGGUGA